CCCUGACCCAGAAGUUGCGACCAUGGAUGUUAAGCCCGGGACGAUGAUCGAGCGAGAGUUGUUCGAUGAGCGCUACAAGCCCACCCAGCGUGGCCUCAAGAGUCGCCAUGUCCAGCUGAUGGCGCUAGGUCUGUUUUGCUGCCACGACCACAGUACUGCAUCAUCGAGCUGACCUUCCAUGUCUUGCAGGAGGCACAAUCGGCACCGGCCUCUUCGUCGGAUCAGGUCAAGCGCUACACAUCGGAGGCCCCCUGUCGCUGUUGCUAGGAUACAUCUUCAUCUCGGGGCUCGUCUACGCGCUCGUCACCGGCCUCGGUGAGGUCGGGGCCUAUCUCCCGACCCACGGCGCAACCAUGGCCCACCACUCCGUCCGCUACGUGUCGCGCAGUCUGGGCUUCGCCAUGGGCUACCUAUACUGGUACAGUCUGGGGAUCCUGGUGCCCUAUGAGAUCGUCGCCGCAUCGAUGGUCAUCGACUACUGGCACCCGGACGUCAACCUCGCCGUCUGGAUCACGAUCAUGCUGGUGGUGAUCGUCCUCUUGAACUUCCUGCCCGUUUGCUUCUACGGGGAGACGGAAUUCUGGUUCGCGGGCAUCAAGAUCAUCACGCUGGUCGGCCUCCUGCUGCUGGCUUUCAUCCUCUUCUGGGGCGGCGGGCCCAACCGCCAGCGCCUGGGAUUCCACUACUGGAAGGACCCCGGCGCAAUGAACACCUACCUCGUACACGGGGACGCCGGCCGCUUCGUCGGCCUGCUGCAGUGCGUCGUCAAGUCGGCGAUCGCGUUCAUCUUCGCGCCGGAACUCAUCGUCAUCAGCGGCGGCGAGAUGGAGUCCCCGCGGCGCAACCUCCCCAAGGCCGCGCGCCGCUACAUCUACCGCCUGGUGAUUUUCUACAUCCUCGGCGCGCUCGCCAUCGGGGUGAUCUGCUCGUCCAACGCCCCGCAGCUGAUCAACGGCACCGGCACCGACGCCAGCUCGUCCCCCUGGGUGGUCGCGAUCUCCAACGCCGGCAUCCCCGUGCUGGACAGCAUCGUCAACGCCGCGAUCCUGACGUCGGCCUGGUCCGCCGGCAACUCGUUCCUGUACAUGUCCUCGCGCUCGCUGUACUCGCUCGCCGUCGCCGGCAACGCCCCGACCAUCUUCAAGACCUGCAACCGCUGGGGCGUCCCCUACCUCGCGGUCAGCGUCUCCGCCCUCUUCGCCCUGCUCGCCUACAUGGCCGUCGGCAGCGGCAGCUACACCGUCUUCAACUGGCUCAUCAACUUCACCAACACCUCCGGCUUCAUCUCCUGGAUCUGCUGCAGCAUCGUCUACUUCCGGUUCGACGCCGCCGUCAAGGCCCAGGGCGUCGAGAAGCCCUACGCCUCGCGCCUGCAGCCCUACGGCAUGUGGGUCGGCCUCGUCGGCUCGGUGUUCCUGGCCCUCAUCAACGGCUUCACCUGCUUCUUUCCGUCCGAGUGGUCCGCCAGUAACUUCUUCACCGCGUACAUCGGCAUCCCUGCGUUCGUGUUGUUGUAUUUCGGGCAUCGUGUGGUCUUCCGUCGCGAUCCGUGGGCCUGGAAACCCUCUGAGGUCGAUUUGGUGUCUGGGCUGCAGGAGAUUCUGGAGUCGGAGCGUCCGCCUCGGCCGAGGGAGACGUGGGCGCAGAAGUUACGGGUGCUGAUUGAGUGAUCCUUUCGGACGGGGGUAGGAGGAUGGGUUGGUGGGUGGGGUGACGAGCGGUCGUUUUGCUGGUGGAUGGUCAUAUUCUAUAGUCAUCCUCGAAGUCGAGAUAGAGACCGCGAAAUCUAAUACUGAAG